CGGACUCAUAACUAACUCAGGCUCGUUUUGCCCCGGAGUCUUUUCGAAAGGGGAUAUACGUCAGUACGUUUCUACGUGAAACGGCGCUAUUCCGGCGUGUUAUAACAGCUUCCGGCGGAGCCUGGUUGUUGAUGUCCUGCGUUUGUCGCCGUGUUGCGCUGAAGUUGUGCGAGCUCCGGGGAGUGCGGAGGAAUUCUUGUAUUAGCUGCGGUAACCUCAACAGCCCGCCAAGAUGGCGAUGCAAGCGGCCAAGAGGGCGAACAUUCGACUUCCACCUGAAGUAAAUCGGAUUUUGUAUAUAAGAAAUUUGCCCUACAAAAUCACAGCUGAAGAAAUGUAUGACAUAUUUGGGAAAUAUGGACCAAUUCGUCAAAUCAGAGUGGGGAAUACACCUGAAACUAGAGGAACAGCUUAUGUGGUCUAUGAAGACAUCUUUGAUGCCAAGAACGCUUGUGAUCACCUGUCGGGAUUCAAUGUUUGUAACAGAUACCUUGUGGUUUUGUACUAUAAUGCCAACAGGGCAUUUCAGAAGAUGGACACAAAGAAGAAGGAAGAACAGUUGAAGCUUCUCAAGGAGAAAUAUGGCAUCAACACAGAUCCACCAAAGUAAACAUUUUCUGCAUUUGUAUUUUGGACUGAGACCUGUGAAUCACCACCACCCCUUUUCAGUUUUUAAUUAAUACUGAAUAUUGCGGUUUAUUAUUCAAGAUUCAAAAUAACCUGCUUGAAACUUUGAUACAUGUUAGAAUAUAUUGUUAGUAAACUUCUGGCUUUUUUGUAAAACAUGUCAGUGUUUUCUCUGGAACUUUCCCCUCCUGUUUGAUACAAGGAAAAAACACAGCAGUUGAACCGUAGCAGGAAUUGUUUGGUGGUAGGUGGUCCUCGAAACUGAGCUUCUUGAGAGCAGGGACCUUUUUGUAUUCUUAAUGCCUCCAGUGUCCAGCCCAGUGCUUAGCCAUCACGGGAACUUGUUAGAAUGUUGUCAUUUUUGAGUGUCUAUUAAUAAUGAAAUCUUCCUAACAACUCAGUGAAGCUUAGAUAGGUAUCUCCUUUUUGCAGAUAAGGAAGCCAGAGUUCACUGUGUUGGUUGAUUGAAUAAAAUGUUUACAUUAAAAGUUGCUGUAACAUCAA